AUGGACAAUGGGACGUCUGUGCUGUGGAGCCUGGUGCCCCAGCAGGGCCGCUCCGUCGAUUUGUCUUCCUUCCUGGGCAUCCCCGUUGACUGGUCCUUCUACAGAUGGUAUUUGCCAACUUGGGACUUCGCUCGGGCCCGCGCUGAUCAGACCCACAACCACUGCUUGACAUUCCACGGUGCGCCCGUCGGCCCGAAGCAGCACUUGGCCAUCAGCAUUCGCAAGCUGAGGGACCACUUGGCAACGACACACUCCGAGCUGCUAGACACGGUGUUCCACAUGCAGGGCCUGGCGUUUCCCGGAUACUCCGAAGAUGAAUGCGUGGCGUCGCUCUGCUUCCCCAAGAGCCACGUGGUCGUGGCUGGCAGUCAUGGACUGGAUGACACCGAGACGGUUCACAGGAAGCUGUCGGGCGGAGAGGAGCUGGUCGCAAAAGCCAGUCAUUCCUCAGGCGGGCGCAGCAUUACGAUGCUGCGGUCACCGCCGGAUUUGUCGAGCCUUCUUGCCCGAGCAAGCCCGGGCACGGCGUUCUUGGUCCAGCGACGCAUCCGGUCUCCACUGAUCGAGGGCCGCCGAUUCCACUUCCGACUCUAUGUUGGGAUCACAUCCCUGCACCCUCUCCGCGUGUAUGUCCACCACGACGACGAUCAUGGAGGUUAUGCCGUUCUGGCUACAACAGCUGCGUCCCAUUCAACGGCUGCGAAAGGGGGGGAACUGCCAGAGGAGGAGAAGACUUGUUCUCACGUCUCUGGCGUUUGCACGACAAAGGAAGACGAGGAGUUCGUGACCAACUAUGGAGAUCGGCAGAAAUCCCAGAGCCAGUUUUCUGCACUCUACAAAAGUCGUACUGGAGCCGAUCCGGAAGCGCUCCUUCGUCGAAUGCACCACAGCAUCGUGGUGAUGCUCCUUGCAGCUGGCCACCAUAGCCGGCACACUGACGUCUUCAGAAGACUGCAAUCCCUCCUCGGCGAAGCACGCUGUUUCGAGAUCCUGGGCGUGGACUUCCUCUUCGAGGAGUACGAGGAGAUCCUGGAAGGCCGGCGCCGCCUCGCUUGGGUUCCGUACCUCAUUGACGUCACCCCUUCGCCGGGGUAUGGAAGGCCUACCGGAGCCGCAUCGCACGGCAUGCUCCGCGACUUUUUCCGCGCCUUCGUGACGGGUGAUGCUGAUCCAGAGAAGCCCACUCCACCCGAUGAGUCGACUGACACAGGAGAAGAGGAGCAAUGGCAGGCAGUGGCACAGCAGGCUGCUUCACUCGGCUUGAAGGUGAGCAAAGAGGAUCGCGCGCUCAUCCGGCGCUUCAACGAGGAGGCCAAAAGUGCUGGCAGGUGGCAUCGUCUCUUCCCGCCAGCAAGGGGGACUGCUGUGGGCAUGACCUUCAAUUACGUGCCACUUUUCGCUGGCGGCUUGAGCCACGAGGAUGCGCUGUCCAUGCUCUGGGCCGGCAUCCCACCCGAGGAGUUGCAAGUUGAAGGUGGAAUGCGAGGCGUAUCGUCCAAGGCAACCCAGGUUGUGGACGAAGUGCUGAAUUGCUAUUUUGAGCGGGCCGGUGGUCACACGAUCUCACCAAGAGAGGAGUUCGUCCUCACGCAAGGCCUCAUCAGGCUUUCCAUGGCUCCGGAUGCGGAGUCGAACUUGGGAGGCAACAAGGUCAUCAGCAACGUCCCCGCCUUCCUUGUCAAUUUCAUCGAGUCCGGCUGCGCCCGGGGUCGAGUGAGUCUGCCGUCCUUGCUACAGCUGCUGACGUAG